UGUUUGUUUGUUCAAAGUUUAUUUUACAAUAAGGGAAUAUGUUGAAUAAACAAAAUUGUAUGGUUAUAAGUAUAAUGUUUAUCUUUAUAUUGAUAAGUUCAAUGUAUAUAGGAAAUUCGGGAGCUUUAAAAUGUUAUGUUUGUCAAAAUUGUACAAAUCUCACAGCUAAAGCUAAUUUCACAAUUAGCAAUGACUGUAAAUCCUGCCAGAAAAUAGUCAAACUAAAAAAUGGUGUUUUAAACGCUAUAACCAGGAGCUGUAUAAAGGAUAUAUGUACUCCAUCGAAUAAAUCUGUAUCACCAUGGCUAAAUAUCACUACAUGUUGUACAAAAAAAGAUCUAUGCAAUCAAUCAAUUCGAUUAUCAUCUGAAAUGAAUAUUCAAUUAAUUUGGAUACUUUUUAGUAUAUGGAUAUGGUAUAACUGUUGAUUGGAAAUAAUAAUAAAAGAUGUGUUUUCUUCUCUUU